AUGGUGAAGGUUGGAAUAUUAUGGUGGGUCCUGUCCAACACGGCAUUUCACAACCAUGAAUUAAUUACAUAUCGAGAGGACAACCGGCAGAUGAGCGACCUUAGUCUAGGUGCAAAGAAACUUGUUCGUGAUAUGUCUUCGGCUCAAGCAAGGUCGAAAGUCAUAUUAGAGGCCGUCCAGGAACAAUUACCCGAGGAAAACCCCAACAGAAGACACAUCUACAAUUUUAGAGAUCGGAUGAGAAGGAACGAUGCAGAAGGAAGAGAUAGUAUAAGUCAAUUCCUCCAUCUUGCUAAAGAGAGUGAUUACUUGGAAUACUAUCGGGAGGAGGGUCAUGUCGUGACACACACAUUCAUGGCACACCCUACAUCGGUGAAUUUGUUACACACAUAUCCAUGGGUCAUUGGCAUGGAUUCUACAUACAAGACGAAUGUACAAGAUGCCCUUCCUUGA